UGAGGAUCGGAGCAAGGGCGGCGCACGCGCGAUGCCCGAACUACAUUUCCCUGCCGCCUUAGCGCGCGCCGUUUUCCCCUAGUGUGUGUGUGCGCUUGUGUGAGAGUGAGUAAGUGAGCCGAUGAGCGCGUGGGGGGUGACGGAGCUCUAGCGCGGUGACGAGCAAAGUGUGUGCCCGCCAUAGUAAUAGCAGCCGCCGGGCCGCGGUGCGUGGGGCCGGGAGGAGGCCGAGAGGACGGCAGCGGCGUCGGACAGGGUGAGUCAUGACUUCAUGUUCUGAACUUGUGGAUUCCAAGGCUGAGCUUACUGCUUUGCUGGAGCAGUGGGAAAAAGAACAUGGCAGUGGACAAGAUAUGGUUCCUAUUCUUACUCGGAUGUCAGAAUUGAUUGAGAAGGAGACAGAAGAGUACCGCAAGCGAGAUCCAGAUCCAUUUGAUGAUCGGCACCCUGGUCGGGCAGAUCCAAAAUGUAUGCUUGGCCACUUGCUGAGAAUACUGUUCAAGAAUGAUGAUUUCAUGAAUGCACUGGUGAAUGCCUAUGUAAUGACAAGCAGAGAACCACCACUGAAUACUGCUGCCUGUCGACUUCUUUUGGACAUCAUGCCUGGGCUUGAAACUGCUGUUGUCUUUCAGGAAAAGGAAGGCAUAGUUGAGAAUCUCUUCAAGUGGGCGCGUGAGGCUGAUCAGCCUCUGAGAACAUAUGCAACGGGAUUGUUGGGAGGGGCCAUGGAGAACCAAGACAUUGCUGCCAACUACAGAGAUGAGAAUUCUCAACUGGUGGCAUUUGUGCUCCAGCGCCUCCGAGAGCUGCAAGUCAAUGAAAUGAACACAAAACACGAAAACAAGCGGCCCAGUCCUCGAAAAGUGCCCUCAGACCCUCUGCUGCCUCUCGAUGAAGAGGCUGUGGACAUGGAUUAUGGGGAGAUGGCUGUGGAUGGUGAACAAGAGGAAGUUACAGGGGAUAUGGAAAUUUCAUUUAAUCUUGACUCUAAUCACAAGACUAGUAGUCGGGUAAAUUCUGCCACAAAAAAAUCAGGGAAGCAACAUGAAAGAGAGAAUUUCCGGAAAGCAAAACAAAAACUUGGUUUCUCUUCAGAGCCAGAAAGGAUGUUUGUUGAACUGUCUAAUAGCAGCUGGUCAGAGAUGUCUCCUUGGGUGAUUGGCACAAACUAUAACUUGUACCCUUUGACCCCUGCUAUAGAGCAAAGACUAAUUCUGCAGUACUUGACUCCCUUAGGGGAGUAUCAAGAGCUGCUGCCUAUCUUUAUGCAACUUGGAUCAAGAGACCUGAUGAUGUUCUAUAUUGAUUUGAAACGGACCAAUGAUGUACUGCUCACUUUUGAAGCCCUAAAGUAUUUGGCAUCACUGCUGCUCCAUAACAAAUUUGCGACAGAGUUUGUUGCUCAUGGGGGAGUACAGAAGCUACUGGAGAUUCCUCGUCCUUCCAUGGCAGCUACAGGUGUCUCCAUGUGUUUAUAUUAUUUGUCUUACAAUCAAGAUGCCAUGGAAAGGGUAUGUAUGCAUCACCACGUGUUAUCAGAUGUUGUAAACUACACCUUGUGGUUGAUGGAAUGCUCUCAUGCCUCAGGCUGCUGCCAUGCUACCAUGUUCUUCUCUAUUUGUUUCUCAUUCCGUGCGGUGUUGGAGCUCUUUGAUAGGCAUGAUGGCUUACGACGCCUAGUUAACUUGAUUAGCACUCUUGAUAUCUUAAACCUGCAAACCCAAGGUGCACUACUAAGUGAUGAUGAGAUUUUUGCUAGCCGCCAGACUGGAAAACACACUUGUAUGGCCAUGCGCAGGUAUUUUGAGGCACAUCUUGCCAUCAAAGUGGAACAGGUGAAGCAGUCGCUCCAGCGCACAGAAGGUGGAAUUCUGGUCCAUCCACAGCCUCCGUAUAAGGCUUGUUCCUACACACAUGAACAGAUUGUAGAGAUGAUGGAGUUUCUCAUAGAAUAUGGGCCGGGACAGCUCUAUUGGGACCCAGCAGAGGUCUUUCUCAAGCUCUCUUGUGUGCAGCUCAUGCUCCAACUUAUUUCAAUAGCAUGCAACUGGAAGACCUACUAUGCUAGAAAUGACACAGUACGUUAUGCUUUGGAUGUUCUGGCCAUCCUUACUGUGGUUCCAAAAAUCCAGUUACAGUUAGCAGAGGCGGUGGAUACGGUGGAUGAGGGAGGAACUUCUAUUUCCAUUGUGGGUGUCAGCAUCAUCCUGGGGCUUGCUGAAGGCGAAUUCUUUAUUCAUGAUGCAGAAAUCCAGAAGUCGGCCCUUCAGAUCAUUAUUAACUGUGUGUGUGGCCCAGAUAAUCGCAUCUCCAGCAUUGGCAAAUUCAUCUCUGGCACUCCUCGACGGAUGCUCCCCCAGGCACCCAGGAGCAGUGAGCACACUCUGGCCAAGAUGUGGAAUGUAGUGCAGUCUAACAAUGGCAUCAAAGUGCUGUUGUCUUUGCUGUCUGUGAAAAUGCCCAUUACAGAUGCGGACCAGAUCCGAGCAUUGGCCUGCAAAGCCUUGGUUGGGUUGUCCCGGAGCAGUACAGUUCGACAGAUCAUCAGCAAGUUGCCUCUCUUCAGCAGCUGCCAGAUCCAGCAGUUGAUGAAGGAGCCUGUGCUUCAGGAUAAGCGCAGUGAGCAUGUGAAGUUCUGCAAGUAUGCUGCUGAGCUGAUAGAACGUGUCUCUGGAAAACCCUUGCUGAUUGGGACAGAUGUCUCCCUGGCUCGACUGCAGAAAGCAGAUGUGGUGGCUCAGUCGAGGAUUUCGUUUCCUGAGAAGGAGCUGCUGCUUUUGAUCAGGAACCAUCUCAUCUCUAAAGGGCUGGGAGAAACUGCUACCAUCCUUACAAAGGAGGCAGAUCUACCCAUGACGGCGGCUUCUCAUUCUUCCGCCUUCACUCCUGUUCCUGCUACUGCUUCUCCUGUGCCUUUGCCUCGUACCCCUCGUAUAGCAAAUGGCAUUGCAGCCCGGUUGACUAACCAUCCUUCUGUAGGUCCCACUGCUACCUCUGUCCAUGCCCAGCCAAGGCAGACUGCCUGCCAGGGCUCACUUGCUCUCCCAGGCCCAUCUCAUGCCACCAGCUCUCCUUUGAUUGGCAGGAUUAGCUUUGUCCGAGAGAGGCCGUCUCCCUGCAAUGGCAGGAAAAUCAGAGUGCUUCGGCAAAAAUCAGACCAUGGCGCCUACAGCCAGAGCCCAGCUAUUAAAAAACAGCUCGAUAGGCACCUCCCUUCCCCUCCCACGCUGGACAGUAUAAUCACAGAGUACCUGAGGGAGCAACAUGCUCGCUGCAAGAACCCUGUGGCCACUUGCCCUCCUUUCUCUCUUUUUACACCCCACCAGUGUCCUGAACCAAAACAGAGGCGCCAAGCGCCAACUAACUUUACCUCGCGGCUGACCCGCAGGGCAGCCUUUCCAAAGUAUGGCGGGGUAGAUGGUGGGUGUUUCGACAGACACCUUAUAUUCAGCAGGUUCCGCCCAAUUUCUGUGUUCCGGGAAGCAAAUGAAGAUGAAAGUGGUUUUACAUGUUGUGCAUUUUCUGCGCGGGAGCGAUUUCUGAUGUUGGGCACUUGCACAGGGCACCUGAAACUCUACAAUGUUUUUAGUGGGCAGGAGGAGGCUAGCUAUAAGUGCCACAACUCUGCCAUCACACACCUUGAGCCUUCUAGGGAUGGUUCUUUACUGCUGACAUCUGCUUCAUGGAGCCAGCCUUUGUCUGCCUUGUGGGGAAUGAAGUCUGUCUUUGAAACCAAGCAUUCCUUCACAGAUGACCACUAUGUGGAGUUCAGCAAGCACUCUCAGGACAGAGUUAUUGGCACAAAGGGGGACAUUGCCCAUAUCUAUGAUAUUCAGACAGGCAACAAGCUAUUGACUCUGUUUAACCCAGAUCUUGCAAACAACUACAAGAAGAAUUGUGCCACCUUUAACCCCACAGAUGACCUUGUCUUAAAUGAUGGUGUCCUUUGGGAUGUCCGCUCUGCACAGGCUAUACAUAAGUUUGAUAAGUUCAAUAUGACAAUCAGUGGUGUUUUUCAUCCAAAUGGGCUGGAAGUCAUAGUCAACACAGAAAUUUGGGACUUGCGAACUUUCCACUUGCUGCACACAGUGCCAGCCUUGGAUCAGUGUCGUGUAGUCUUCAACCAUACUGGAACAGUUAUGUAUGGAGCUAUGUUACAGGCUGAUGAUGAAGACGACUUACUGGAAGAGAGGAUGCGCAGUCCUUUCGGAUCAUCUUUCAGGACUUUCAAUGCGACAGACUACAAGCCAAUUGCCACCAUUGAUGUAAAAAGGAACAUCUUUGACCUGUGUACAGACACAAAGGACUGUUACUUGGCGGUUAUUGAGAACCAAGGAAGUAUGGAUUCCAUGAACAUGGAUACUGUUUGCAGGCUCUAUGAGGUGGGCAGGCAGCGUUUGGCAGAAGAUGAGGAGGAUGAGGAGGAAGACCAGGAGGAGGAGGAACAGGAAGAAGAUGAGGAUGAGGAUGAGGAUGACACAGAUGACCUUGAUGAGCUGGAUACCGACCAGCUGCUGGAAGCUGAUCUGGAAGAAGAGGAGAACAAUGAGAAUGCGGGGGAGGAUGGAGAAAAUGACUUCUCGCCUUCUGAUGAUGAGGAACUGGCCAAUCUGCUGGAAGAGGGGGAUGAAGGAGAAGACGAAGACUCUGAUGCAGAUGAGGAAGUUGAGUUGAUCCUUGGUGAUAUGUAGCCCUGCUUCUCUGCAAUCAGGCACAUGACCCUGGGGGCAAAUACUCUGUCAGGUCUCCAGCGAUUUUCUUGUAUAUUUGUCAGUCCACUGUGUUCUUAAUGGUGGUAGGUAUUUUGUCCAUAUCCCACCAGGACAUGUUGCAGAGCUCUAAUUAAAAUAUGGAUUGUACCUCAAAAGAUGGACAGUGCAAUUGUUGUUGUGCAUUACUGGGGGAAAUAGACCCAUUAGAGGGUUUUGGGUUGCAGCUGAAAAAACAGCCUGUGCUUGCAACAGAAGCUGGUGAUGCAAGGAAGAGACAUGGCUGAAGCUAUUUAUUAUUAAUAAUUUUAUUGCAUGGUUAUCCUGCCUUCCCUCACUGGCUCUAGGUACCUUUCUUCCACAUUAUCACAAUAUACAAAUACAAGAAACAGUUCCAUCCUUUUGCUGUCAUAAGGAAGAUGAGGCUCUGUGGACCUGCCUGUUCCACGUCACCAGCUUUGCCAUUUGCUUCUCUCUAUUGUCUGCCCUGCAAAAUGAAAGUAUUUGGCUGUCAUUGCCCUUCUGGGGACCUUUUAGUGUGAAGUGUCAAGAAAAACUUGGGAGGAAGAACUUGCAGGGAGGGAUCUGUGAGGAAAAUGUGACAUUAACAGGGCAUUUUGAGAGGGAAGGGUGCAUGAAAGCAGAGGCUGACAUGGAUAGCCUUCAGGAAUUGGUUGAAAUGUUUGCACUUCAGGAAGAAUAAAUUAUAGUUAUAUAUGUUUGUGUGUGUGUGUGUGUAUAACAUUUAAAGGAAUUCAGUGCUCUUACUCUCCUACAAUGGUCCUCAAAUGAAGGCAUGUUUGCAGAUCAGUCGUAAUCUUGUGUUGGAGAAAAGACACCUAACCUCUUUCCUUAGGAUUGUUUUGCAGCCUGCUAGUCUUAUAUGGAGGUGUGCUAUCCAACUAAAGUCCUCCUAAAUCAUUUAUUUACCAGCAUUUGCUGCUUCUGUUCUUUCCUUUUGGUGACUUUUAUCCAGCCAUUAGCUGUGAAGUGACUGAAAAAUCCAUCUCAAGCAUCUACUAUCAAGAACUAUUUAUGUAUGGAUUUGAUUAUUUGGAUGGAAGAGAGGGGAAGAGCCUGAGACACAGAUAAAUAAUAGCACAAGGUGUUCAUUAUUCAGAUGAACAAAAAUACUGAAUGCUAACAGCUUGUGCCUGGAUCCUAAAGUGCAGAUCGUGUGAGCAGUAAACACAUUUACAAUGCAAUUUUUUGCAUCUACUGAGAAGAAAAUCUUACUGAAUUCAGUGGGGCUUUCUUUGAGGUAAGAGGGUAAAGGAGGCCUUAGAUUCUGCUUUAAAAAUGACUACUCAGAGCUACGUAGGAAAAACUCCUUGUAGAAAAAGAGAGGGAAAGGAGUCCAAUAAACCAGCAUGCAUGGGAAACUGAGCACAACAAGACAUUCAUUGGUGCACAAAGGAUCUGCAAAGGAGUUGAAAGGAAGACACGUGAAAGGAAUGUUCCAAUGUAUAUGAGCCAUUCUAGCCAUAACAUUAAAUCAGGGCAUUUUGUUAGUAAUUGCUGUGUGAAACUGGUGUGGGUGUGUUUUAUUGAUCCCUUCUUAGAGUCAAAGUCUUUCUGCAUCUUUUGCAAAAACAUUUUUCUCGCCUUCACUGAGGCUCAGAUCCAGAGUGUAUCAUCUCAUGUAGACAAUAAUGUAUUGCUCACUCACUCCCUUCAUUAUUGUACCAGAUUUCUGCAAUGUUACUUGUCCCUUUCAAAGACUUUGUAGAGUUCCCUCUUCAGAGUGCCCUGGGUGAAAAUCCACUGUGCAUACACUAAACGGCAUCACCUGUCUGGGCUCUUUCUGUUGGUGUUCUGGCAGUUUAUUUUUUUUCAAGAAAGUGUCUCCUUGAAAAUGUCAUUAAGGACCCCAUUAGGAAAACUAGAGGUUAAGAGUUUUGCUUGUGAAUGUGUUUGCAUUUCUGCUGGGUUGUUUCUGCACAUUGUGCUGAUGAAGAAACUGUUUUGUGACAGACUUCACAAAUUUAGAAACAGGCCAUUCUACCUUAACAAUCAUUGAGG